GACGUACAGAACGUGGGCGGGAAUGAAGGUCCACAGGUCCACCUCUGCCUUUCGAAGCUGCUCGUUUAGCCGUGGUCUGGACUACACGCAGAUUGUUUCUGUCGCGUUUGGCGUGCAAGAAGAAGCAUCAUGCUCCGUGCCGUGUUUUCUAGGGCCCUUCCCAGACUGAGCCGACUGUCGGCAUGUCACUACUCCGCGGCUGCCAUCCCAGCACCCAGCAGCCAACCCGAGGUCCACUAUAACAAGCUGUUUAUCAACAACCAGUGGCAGGAUGCAGCAAGUGGGAAAACUUUCCCUACGAUCAACCCAGCAACCGGUGAAGUCAUCUGUCAAGUUGCAGAGGCUGAUGAGCCAGAUGUAGACAAGGCAGUGAAAGCAGCACAUAAUGCCUUUAGGUUGGGGUCACCGUGGCGACGGAUGGACGCCUCUCAUCGCGGCCUGCUACUCAACCGAUUGGCCGAUGCCAUUGAGAGGGAUGCUGCCUACCUUGCUGAACUGGAGACCCUUGACAAUGGGAAGCCAUACGCUGUUUCCUACACUGUGGAUCUGCCUAAUGUGGUGAAAUGUCUCAGGUACUACGCAGGCUGGGCUGACAAAUGGGAGGGAAAGACCAUCCCCAUCGAUGGAGAUUAUUUCUGCUACACCAGACAUGAACCCAUUGGAGUCUGUGGACAGAUCAUACCGUGGAACUUCCCUCUGUUGAUGCAGGCCUGGAAACUUGGCCCUGCCCUUGCGACUGGUAACACUGUGGUGAUGAAAGUUGCAGAGCAGACACCACUCACAGCACUCUUUGUAGCCAGCCUGAUUAAAGAGGUGGGCUUUCCGGAAGGUGUUGUGAAUAUCUUGCCUGGCAUGGGACCAUCAGCUGGCGCUGCCAUCGCAAGGCACAUGGAUGUUGACAAGGUGGCGUUCACUGGCUCCACAGAGGUGGGUCAUCUAAUCCAGCAGGCUUCUGGCAGCAGUAAUCUGAAGAAAGUCACUCUGGAGCUGGGAGGAAAGAGUCCUAAUAUCAUCCUGUCUGAUGCCAACAUGGAAGAUGCAGUGGAGCAGUCCCACUUUGCUCUGUUUUUCAACCAAGGCCAGUGUUGCUGUGCUGGCUCUCGAACCUACGUCCAAGCAGAUAUCUACGAUGAGUUUGUGGAGCGGAGUGUUGAGCGAGCUAAGAGACGAGUGGUGGGAAACCCUUUUGACUUAAAGACAGAGCAAGGACCUCAGGUAGAUCAGGAGCAGUUCAACAAGAUUCUGGGCUACAUCAGUAGUGGGAAAAGAGAGGGAGCCAAACUGAUGUGUGGAGGAGGAGUGGCUGCAGACAGAGGAUAUUUCAUCCAACCUACUGUGUUUGGAGAUGUCCAGGACAACAUGACCAUUGCUAGGGAGGAGACAACAGUUAAGAAAACACUUUCCUCAGAGUCCCUGACCCAGGCCAAUACCACACAGCCAAGAUCUCCUGACUCUCCUGAUGUGCCACCACCCUGCACAUCUGAAAGACCUGCUCGCCAUGCUCAUUUGGGAAAAGUAGUCGCUGUGCUCUGGCUCCAAAGAGAUGGGUAAAAGGUAGCGGGCAGAAACUACUAGGAGGAUGAUGGAGAAGCUCCCUUUAUAAUUGUAAUCCAUGGACCCUAUUUAUGAUGGAGCCGGUAUUACAACAUGCUUCCUACGGAAGUCUGCUGUGGUCCUCUUCCAGUGUUGGUGUUCAGGGAAGGGCAUGUACUCCUGCACCAUGACAGACCACAUUUCCUCACACACAUCUUUUAACUAUUCUUGCCACUGUACAGUGACCCACCCUGUAGCUAAAAGCUAUUGAUCUGAAUGAAUCUCCACUUGACAGGUACCUGAAAUAAUUAUAAAAAAACUUGCAGUGGGUCAAUAAUCCGUUGUUUAUAAAUUCAAUAAAAAAAUCUAUACUCUUUUUAACAUGCUUUAAUUAUAUUAAAUUAUCAAUUUUUUAGAUAUGUAAAAUCUUUAUCACUCAAUCACAAUACCUAGAAAGAAAUAAGCAUAUACAUUUAUGUAACUGAAGAAACUAAGAUGUGCCACAUAUAGUGGCGUAAAGUAGCUUACCAAAAGUAAAAGUAGGCUACUUCUUAUGCAGGAUGGCUCAUUUCAUAAAAAUAUAUAGCCUAUUAUAUCACCUGAUUUUAAUUUGUGAUGCAUUCAUUUGUAAGCAUCACUUUAAUGUUGCAGCUGGUAAACGAAGGGUUAAUUUCAACUACUUUAUAUUUAUCUGCUGGGUAGCUUAAUCUAUAAUAAUACAUCAUUUAUUAGUUUAUAUUUUGUAUUAUUUGACUGCAAAGUACAAGUACCUCAAAAUUGUACUUAAGUGCAGUACUUUAGUACUUAGUUACAUUACACUAUAGGCUACCUCAGACAAAUGGAGAGACGUUCCUCCUGGAAGGUCCAAUUUUCUGGAGCAGCUCUUCAAACGAGUCCAGCUCAUACGAAAAUACUCCUUGAACCAGACUCCGUCCAACUUCAGUUCUUGAACCAAAUGAUGGUACUCGCCGAGAUGUUUCCUCGCCAACAAAAUCUCAUGAACUCGCAUGGACUGACGGAUCUGACUUGCAACACAUAAAUUACUUACACAGAUAUUCCGUAUCAUAGCAACCAAAGCCUCUCAGCUGAAAAAGCACUACGCCUCCAAAGCACUCUCAAGCGUUCACAGCUAGGUGUUUUCAGAAGAGCGCCUGGGGUUUUCAGCUGGGAAAAAAGUCUUUGGUGGACCUUUGGCCUUAGGAUGGGUUAAAUGCAGAGAACGUAUUUCACUAGACCUGUCGAUGAUUGUGUAUGUGACAAAAAACUUGAUUUAUUUAAGCAAAUUGGUACUGAUCUAGAGAUGGCUCCCUCCCUACAUAGUCCCUUUUAUGAUCCUCUCCAAGGAUUUCAUGACAUUGGAAGUUAAAGCUGGCCCAUAAUCAUUAUUUUCUUGAGGACAAGACUUUUUGGGAACUGGAGUUAUAAUGGAUUUUUUCCAAAUCUCUGGCACCGUGUGUGUUUCUGCCAGGCUGGCGUAAGUUCCUCAGCAAAUGUCCUCAAAACAAAAGCAGACAUGCCAUCCGGCCCCAUUGUUUUAAUAUGUAUAGUUUAAAGAACCUCGGUAACAGUGCAUGGACAUUAAUUAAUAUUAACAUUCUGUCGUCACAAACAUUACUAAUUACUUCAUCUAAAACUUCACAGCAUUCAUUAAAAGUAUCAGUUAAAAACCACAUAUAAAAUGAUUCACUUCAUUUGCUCUUGCAGUUUCAUUGUAGGCAAACAUGGCCUUCCUCUUGGAAUCCAUAUUUCUGUUAUUUCUCUAAAUAAAUCCCAGUUUCUUUGUCAGAUUUGAACAAAUUUUGUUCUCCUUGUGCUGUUUAAGUGCUGAUUGAAGUCCUUUUGUGCAGCCUUCAAUGUUGUAGUGUCUCCUGACCUGUAUGCUAUUUUCUUUCUAUUAAUACAUUCUUUAACUCCUUUCAUGAUGUAGGGUUUAUUAUUUGGAUAUCUAUUAAGAGUGUUUUGAGGUAUGAUUAUGUUGCGAUUCAGGUAGGGCAGGUUUGGUUAUUAGCAAAAUAUCAAAGAUAUUUGUGCAUAUCAAUAAAAUUUAAUAUCCAAAUUAUUAAUAUGGAUUAAUAAUUGCCGGGCACCACCCUUUAAUCAGGGACCAAUAACCAAAACUUGAAAAACAGUCUCAAAGGUGGCUAUCCACUUAAAAGCCGAUAUUUAUACUGUACAUUGUAUAUAAUGUACUGUCUUACAUUAAUAAUAGUGCACAGUGCAGGGUGAAUCUGAGCACUGACCGUCACAACCAGCUGUUAUUACAACAUAUACACAAAAAAAGUAUUGUAUCUUUUAAAGAGCAGUUGCCUGUGGUUAAUGUAUCCUUAGUACUGAUUAAUAAUCAAUAACUUCAGCCAACAACCACUAUUCUAAACACACUAAGCAUACAACAAUCAGCAGGCAUGUAAGGUGUGUGUGUGUGUGUGUGUGUGUGUGUAUGAGAUCAACCCCAUUCAACCACAUCCUUUUACAAUCCCUAUGAUAGUACUGAAUCUUGCACAUAUUGCACAGGUACAAACCCUCUCUGCCUGAACAGAAUCUCCUGUGGACUCCAAACAGGUUAGAAUAUCUCUGGAGCUCACCUUAAUAUCGGCAGAGAUAGGAGUAAUUUAGAAAGUUAAUAGAACACUUUUACUUAUUUCCCUAAAAGUAGGACCAAAAAUGUGAGAUUUUUUUGUCCAGUAAGGUGUUAUUUCCUACUCUGAGGCACUCGAUAAAUAUGGGCCCUGAUGUCAUUUUAUGAUCGAAGACGUUUUACUUGCAUUGCUACUAGUAAGAAAUUGGGCGUUCACUACAUCAAUAAUAGAUGAAAAAAUGGAUCAUAUCAUUGUAUGGUCUCUAUAUUAAUAAUUAUCCUCCUUUAAACAAUAGUUACCAUCUGAGGAUGGUAAACCUUUGUACUGUUGUUGGGCUUUGUUUUUUUCUAUCUGGCUCAAAUUGCUGGUUUGUUCGUUCCUGUGGGUGUUUGGCCAUUUGUUAAAUGGUUUGCUUGUUUGUCUUAUGUUAAUUAUUGAUAUAAUUGAUUUAAGAGAUGUUGUUUUGUCGUCUUUUGUCAUGUUUUCCCUUGCAGAUCUUUGGUCCAGUGAUGCAGAUCUUGAA